ACAUUAACAAUAAAAAUAUUUAAAUAUUCUAGGAUCAAAGAUUUCCUUUUCCCACCUUAACAACUAAUAAUUCAUGUUUGCCCCCAAACCAGAAAACGUCACAGACUGUUGGAUGCAUUCCAGUGAAGCGUGAAUAAACUGCAGGGAAGCGCAUUAAAAAUGCAACUCAACAAAUGGUGCGCCAUUCCCGCUGUAAUCCAGCAGAGAGGAGAGCGCACAUCUGGAGAGCGCAGGACGUCCUCUGAUGAGGACCAGCUUUCCAUAUAAGGAGAUGGGGGCGUGGUCAGUGCAGGAGCUCCCAGCACAAACGUGACUGCAAUGGUUGCUUUUCCGAAAGCCGAGACAAACUUGCCACCACCGUGAAGGCGACACGCCGCCCCUUCACCCACGGUUUGUGCGGGACAAAUACUAUUCAACCGACACUCGCGAGCGGCGCCGCGUGGAGGUCUUUGAAGGAGCCGACAGAAAAGUUUCAAAAGAGACAGCCGCGGUUUGAGAGGACAGCCGCGCGACCAAACUUCCACCAGCGAUCUGAGGGGAGCGGGAGGAGGAGUCAACAGGUCCCAGAGUGAAGGAGCUGCAAUCGAUUCAAAGGGAGAUUUUCUCGGCCAAAGACGGAAAGACUGACGGUUUUGGGGGAGCAAGAACGACAUGCAGGCGGGGGGUUAUCGCGUGUGCCGAGCGACGUUUGAUGGGGACGCCGCCACAGUUGGUGGCAUCUAGGGGCUUUGCAACCACAAAGAGGAGGCCCGUGGAAGGAGAGCAACUCUCUUGGCAUCAUGUGAUCUGUACAUUCCCCUGGAACAGAGGAGGGAAUCUGCUCUCCAGUGGAAAACACUAGCACCCCCUAUCACUACCAAGUCACCCCUUCAUGACUCGACUUGCCUUUUUCUCCCCCUUCAUCUUCAAGAUAAGGAAUGGCUGUGCUAGUUCCCUGUCCCUCCAACGCCUCUUGUAAAUAAAGCCUUUUAGACUGUUUAACAAUAGCAGAGAAAGGAGGGAUAAAAGACCCUGCCGUCCCCUUUGAUACUUCUACUCUUUCUUUUUGUCCUUGGUAACUGAAGCCUUUAGCACACACACUGACUCAACCAGAUUUUUUUUUCCUAUUCAAACAUUUUUAAAACCUCAAGGAGAUUUUGUACUUUUUUUUUUUUCCCGCUUGGAGUCUUUUGGAAUAUCUGGGAUUAAGUCUCUUCGGGAUUCUACGAGAUCUUUCAAAUUGGAGUUGGACUGAGCCAUAAUGGCUGGAAAGGGCAACCCGGUGCCGGGCGGCCACCUGAACGGCUUCCCCGUGCCCACCUACUCCUACUUUUUCCCCCACAUGCUGGGCAGCUUGUCGCCUCCAGCCUUGCCCGGACUGCCCCUCAGCGGAUACAGCACCCCCUCGCCAGCGACGAUAGAGACCCAGAGCACCAGCUCAGAGGAGAUAGUGCCAAGCCCGCCCUCGCCGCCCCCGCCGCCCCGCGUCUACAAGCCCUGCUUUGUGUGCCAGGACAAGUCCUCAGGGUACCACUAUGGUGUCAGCGCCUGUGAAGGCUGCAAGGGCUUCUUUCGGAGAAGCAUCCAGAAAAACAUGGUGUACACUUGUCACCGAGAGAAGAACUGCAUCAUCAACAAAGUCACCCGCAACCGCUGCCAGUACUGUCGGUUACAGAAGUGCCUGGAAGUCGGCAUGUCGAAGGAAUCGGUGAGGAAUGACAGGAACAAGAAGAAGAAGGAUGAGAAGAAGCAGGAGUGCACGGAGAGCUACGUGCUGAGUCCCGACACGGAGCAGAUGAUCGACAGGGUUCGCAAGGCACACCAGGAAACUUUCCCUUCUCUCUGCCAGCUGGGCAAAUACACUACGUCUAACAGCUCAGAACGCCGCGUGUCCUUGGACAUUGACCUGUGGGACAAGUUCAGCGAGCUCUCCACCAAGUGCAUCAUAAAGACGGUGGAGUUUGCCAAGCAGCUGCCCGGCUUCACCACGCUCACCAUCGCUGACCAGAUCACUCUGCUCAAAGCCGCCUGUCUGGACAUUCUGAUUCUGCGGAUCUGCACACGCUACACACCGGAACAGGACACCAUGACCUUCUCCGACGGACUCACGUUAAACCGGACCCAGAUGCACAACGCCGGCUUCGGCCCCCUCACAGACCUGGUUUUUGCUUUCGCCAACCAGCUCCUUCCUCUGGAGAUGGACGAUGCGGAGACGGGGCUGCUGAGCGCCAUCUGCCUGCUGUGUGGAGAUCGGCAGGACUUGGAAGAGGCAGACAAGGUGGACGUCCUGCAGGAGCCACUUCUGGAGGCGCUGAAGAUUUACGUGAGGAAGAGGAGGCCCCACAAACCGCACAUGUUCCCCAAAAUGCUGAUGAAGAUCACCGACCUGAGAAGCAUCAGUGCUAAAGGAGCCGAGCGCGUCAUCACGCUGAAGAUGGAGAUCCCCGGCUCCAUGCCGCCUCUCAUCCAGGAGAUGCUGGAGAACUCAGAGGGUUUGGAAAGCGGGGCGGUAGGGGGCCGACCCAGCGGCGCCCCCCCUGGCAGCUGCAGCCCCAGUCUGUCCCCAAGCUCUGCCCAAAGCAGCCCCGCCACGCAGUCGCCGUAGUCGCGGCUCACUGUUAAGAUUUUCGUUCCUCCUCUUCGUGUCGGUCUCCGUCUCACAACGCCGGCACUCUGAAGGGGGGGUGGGGACUUGUCGGAGCAAGUCCCCAUCUCCCGAUCUGUCUCGGCGCGCCAGGUGUGAGGCGGGGCCGGGCCCGGGCCGGGCCGGCGGGAGGCCUCACCGUAAACACUGCUGAUGACUCCCCCUCCACUCUCCUCCACACCUCUCUCAGAAGGACUGAUGGAAACGGACGGGCGGGUUCGGAGCGGCGCGGCGGGACGAACGACAGAACAAAGACUCGGAACACAGACUGACUUGACGAACACCAGACACUUUGAUUUUUGUUUCUCUUCAGUUGUACUCUGAGGCAGACUACAGCUUAGGGACUUUCUCAAAAGACCUCACUCCUCAAUGACUUUGGGUCUUUUUAUUUUUUUUUUCCAAUUAAAGAAAAAAAAACAGAUUUCGUACAGAAGAUAUAUAAAUAUAUAUAUAGAAAACUUAAGGAACUAUUGUGAUGGGCGUGUCCAGAACAGAAUUUCAGGUUGGACAUGUUUACUGAGCUGAGAUUAGAAGUUGUUGUAUUCCUUCACCAUUUGAUUCUUUUCUUACCUCUCGAGUGUAAUAAGAGAGACGUUUCAGUUUGUAUAUUGUCCUAAUUAAAAAAAAAAUAAAAAAAAAAAAA